AUGAGUGACCGUUAUUUAGAACAAAGGAUUAGCAUCAAGUUUUGCGUGAAACUGAACAAGUCUGCAAGCGAGACUCACCACCUUUUAAAAGAAGCUUAUGGACACGAAGUCAUGUCAAGGGCCAGAAUUUUUGACUGGCACAAAAGGUUUAAAGAAGGACGGGAAGAUAUUAGAGAUGAUGCGAGAAGUGGUCGUCCAGUCACCCACCGGACAGAUGAAAAUAUCCACAAAGUCAAGGACUUGGUUUGUUCAAACAGGCAGUUAACGGUGAGAAUGAUGGCUGAAGAGUUAAAUUUAGACAAGGAAACUGUUAGACUCAUUCUGAAAGAAAACUUAAACAUGAGGAAAGUGUCUCCAAAAGUUGUAUCGGGUGUUUUGAAGAAUGAACCUAGACCUCCAAAACUUGACUUUGAGCCUGACCUUUCAAAGGAAACUAGGAAAAACAGCUCAUCUAUGAAGAAAAAAGUAAAGAGUUCUGAAACAUGGAGUCAUCUCCAGAGUGAAGUUGGUGGAGAACUGCCUCUGCCUGGAUCUCAUCCCCAAACCUACUGCCCUGCCAGCCAGCUUAUUCAGGCUUCAUCAGCCAGCCCUCCCACCAGAGUAGCUCAAGAUUGGUUCACACCUUGGUGA